GCUGAUUAAUGCGAUAUGGCAGCGCAAUCUAUACAGGUACUGAGCCAUACUCUUUUGAAUUGUUCCGGAAAAGUUGACGCCUUCAUCCCCCACAAGGAUAAGUAUAAAAGACUUUUAUCCGAUAGAUUCAGUCAUCAUCCAUCUCUCUCUCUGCUCUCACAUCCAUUUCAGCGAAUCAAAAUGAAAUCUACCGUCGCAUGUUUGUUGGUUCUCGCUGUUGCAACUCAAGCCCAAUGGUUUCCCAACUACCAACCUGACGCUGGAAGAUAUUAUCCAGGUGUCACAGGUGCCUUAGUGGCUCCUGUCGCUUACGCCGGAGUUCCGGCAGCUGCUGUCCCAUCGUACCACGCAGUCCCCAGCUUCACUUCCAGCCAAUACCACGCUCAGGAUGAGAUGGGCCAAGCCAGGUUCGGUUAUGCUUUUCCUGGACAGGCAUCGUCCAACUACCGUGACGCUAUGGGCAACCAGAUCGGCAGCUACGCUUACUUCAAUCCGGAUGGCAAAGAGGUCCGCGUUGCCUACACCGCUGAUCACCGAGGCUUCCGAGUCCUUUCUAACGAUCUGCCAGUAGCCCCAGUGGCCAAUUUGGUCCAGGUCCCGGACACGAUCGAAGUGGCACAGGCUAAAGCCGCUCAUAUGGCUGCUCAUGUUGAAGCCAGAGCCGCUCUUGCUGCUGCUAGAACUGCUUCAGUAGCUCCCGUUGCCUCUGAAGCUGCACCUGCUGCUGCUGAAACAGUUCCAGUCCCUACCGCCUGAAUUUUGAGCAAUUAAAAUGGAUGGGGUAAAUUUCAAUGCUUCCUGUUGUAAAAUAGCAGAUUUUUUUUUUUUCCAACUUAGAAAAUCGAACGAAAUACAAAAUUUUAUGCAAUAAA